AUGUUUGAGGACACAUCUGUAAGUUCAGAUGGGGACAAGACUUACAUUAUGUGCUUAGGUGGCCAGAACAUAUUGGUUGCCAAGGUGGUGAAGAGAUUGCAAGGUCGAAGUUCGAGAUGGAGUGUACAAUCAAUCAAUGAUAUGCAAUCAAGUUUUGUGCUAAACUCAGGAAAUCGGGUACCAGUAUGCUUGCCAUUCUUUGAGGAGGACAGUAAGGACGUUAAGGAAGAACUACGCUCUGGACUGCCUUCAACAUACCAAAAUGAGCAAAAUGUGGACAAAGUGCCAGACGUUUUGAACACUGACUAUCGUUUGAGUGAGACACUCAAGGACAACCGAACAGUGGUAGUAGAAUUCUUACUUCUCGGAUUUCAAAAUCUUUACAAAUUCCAAAUCCCUUUCUUUUUUUUACUUUCAAUUGUGUAUGCCAUGACAGUAGCGGGGAAUUUUCUGAUUAUUUCAUUGGUGUCCACCAGCCAAAAUCUUCAAACUCCAAUGUACAUAUUUCUCAGUCAUCUCUCUCUCUGUGACAUCAUAAUCAGCACAAAUGUUACUCCAAAUAUGCUACGGGUCAUUUUACUAGGCAAGACGACCUUGUCAUUUCUUUCAUGCAUCACUCAGUUAUAUUUUGUUGGGUCAUCAGCAAUAAUAGAGUGUUGUGUCCUAACGGUGAUGUCCUAUGACCGAUACUUGGCCAUUUGUUACCCACUGCGUUACACAUCUAUAAUGAAUGCCAGGCUUCCUCAUUACCUUGUUAUAUGUGCAUGGAUUAUAGGCUUUGGCCAAGCAUUAGUUACUCAUAUAGUAGUACUAAAUCUGGAAUUUUGUGACUCAAAUAUCAUUGAUCACUUCUUUUGUGAUCUUGGCCCUGUCCUUGAACUAUCGUGCUCUGACACGCUAAUUAUCCAAAUUGAGGUGUCAGCUGUGACCAUUCUGAUGGGUUUUUCGCAGAUUCUCUUCAUUAUUGUCACCUAUAUCUGCAUCUUUAAUUCCAUUCUUCACAUCUCCUCUGUCAUAGGAAGGAAGAAAGUCUUCUACACAUGCAGUUCCCACCUGGCUGUUGUCUGCAUCUAUUAUGGAACCUUAAUCAUCCUCUAUGUUGCUCCAUCGAGAGGAUAUUCAGCCAAUUUAAAUAAGAUCUUGUCUUUAGUAAACUCCUCAGUUACUCCUCUGUUUAAUCCUAUCAUAUACAGUCUAAGAAACAAAGAGAUAGCAGCUGCCAUGAGAAAACUCAUAAGACCUCAUUUAUAUUCUUGA